AGUUACGGGAAGUCAAGAACGAUCAUCCCACCAAGAUUAAAGGGCUGCAGCUGCGCGUCACUUUUGAACUGCCUCCCUCAUCUUCCUAAACCUUUCGUUUAAACCAUAAAUUACAAUUGAUUAUUAGUCGCAAUGGCUUCACUUACUAGGGGUCUUGCGAAUACUCCGCAGAAUACCAUCGACAAAGAGGCUACGAAGGCGAACGAAAUACCGGUCCAAGAGGAGCCCGUCUCGUCGCGCGGGAAACGAAAGUCGGUUGGGGACGAUGUCGAUAGCGAACACGAUGAUGAAGGUAGCGCUUCUCUGAUCUCAGAAGCAGCAAGCCCCAAGCGACAAAGAUUGGCGGUACGGACGAGAGAAGACGAAAGCACCGCUACCGGACGGAAGACCUACCUUGAGGUAGAAAUACCUGUAGCUGGCAGGUCCCAAUCGCGCGCCGUUCCCGACUCACAAGAUUCAAAUGAAGUGGCAUUAGAAUCAGGGCCUGAUGCCGAGCCUUCAAGUGCCUCUAGGCAACUAGAAGAGGAAGCGAGCCAGAAGCUAGCCUCGCAGAAGUCAGAACCCGAGUCGACGCCUAUGCGUAAGCCCAAAGGCAAGCAUGUUGUGUUCGGUGAUGAUGACGAUGUAGAAAAUUUUGUGGCUGGCGCCGCGGCGCAAGCGGACAAGAAAGGAGAGAACGAGGAUACCAGAAAAGAGGAAGAGGAUAGUGACGAUGACGAUGCGCCCGAAGCAGUAUCUACACAAGCCGCCGCAAAGGAGGUGCAGAAGGCAGCACAGGCUGCUUCGGAGGCUGCGGAAAAACAAGCGGCUUCCUUAAAACGAAAGCGCCAAGAAAAAGACAGCCUCUAUAAGCAACAAGCUGAGCAAAGAAAACGCUCGCGCGCGACGGUGGAAGUACAUCAGGGCAAGAGCAAGCCCGCCAGUAAAGAACGAGGUUCUAGCGAAGAUAACGGCGUAGCCGAGGUUGAAACAGCAGUAACAGCCGGUCGACGACGGGCGCAGAAAUUCAACCUACCCACCGUAUUACCAGCUGAAUUCCUGACGGACUCAUCGAGCGAGGAUGAAGAUGUUGACGAGUCUGCUAUGAGAGUCGUCAAAAAGCCCAAGAAAAUCAAUUUUGAGGCGGAGGCCAAGAGGCCGCGAGAUCAGAUUGUGGGAUCUACGCGAUAUAGGGUCUUGAAUGAGCAAGGAGAUCAGAAGCUGGCUCCGAGGAUACAGAAGAAUGCGAGGGCUUCGAAGGAGAGUCUGUUGAAGAGGAAGCGCACGGGUAUGGUGGCUGGUGUGGGUGCAGGUGGGAAGAAGGGCUUCUUUGUUAGGCGGUAAUUCACUUAUCUAACUACGGAUGAUGUGAAUUGAAAAGAUUAAGAAACUAUGAGACUGAGUAUAUGAAUCUGGUGAUUUGUGAUGUGAUGAUAGAUGGAUACCACCACAUUUGUUAUCCUCGAGCACCUACACUUACAACGGCAUUUGUGGCGCAGGAUUGUGGCGCAUAACCUCGCCCCCUUUUUCAGGGGUAAAAGCAUAGAAAGGGGAAGUUCAGAUUAAG